AAACGCGUCGGAGAUGUUGGUAAGCAUGCCUUGGAUCGCUUACCUCAGCUUGUCCUUCCUCACCAGUCUACUGCUGUUGACCCGAGCCCAGAACGUGGCUGAUUUUCUCUGCCGCUGGAAGUUCCUGGAGGAGCGCUUGAACCAGAUUAUAUUGUGUCAGCCCAAACAACGAUACCCGAUCAUGGUACUGACUGCAUACGUUAGCGUCGCUGUAGUCUCCUUCGGAAUCCUGAUAUAUCAGUUACUGCAAAAUCAACACGCAUCGUAUUAUUGGGGCAACCUAAUGCCGGCGGAGUGGGCGUGGGUUGGAUACGUAGGGCAACACCUAAUGGUGAUACCCACGUGGUCCAGCAUCUUCGUGAGUGAGGCGCUUGUUGUCGUUAUCGCUCACCACUUCUCUACCUACUACGCCGUUCUCAACCAGCGCCUACACACCCUAUUCCGUUCCUUCACUCCGAAGACAAGUAGAGGAAAGAUGGCAAGUUCUCUACAAAGACCAAAGUCAGAGAGUUUAACACCCGAUCACCGGCCGCCACAAGUGGACUCCGUUUAUCAUUUCAUCGAUGAAGACUUUCAGGAACAGUUUCAGCAAACAUUGUGUGUACGUGAGAGUGUGGGGGAUCUUCUCGACACUUUUAACGCCAUCUUCUCCCCAAUCGUGUUAGCCAGCCUAUCCAUGCUGACCAUUGUCACUGUCGCUUUCUUCCCGCAAAUCUUGAAGAGUGGAGUCAUCACGAACUCAGUUGGGUACCUGGUGGUCGCUGUCUCUGGCGUCAUCCGCCUCAUUGUCAUCGUUGUGGGACAGGCGUGUGUCCAUAACCAGGCCUCCAUCACCCGAGGCGUGGUGAGCAAAAUGCAGUUGCGAGUGGUCAUGGCUGGAGAGGACCACGUUUUGCUGCCCACCGCUUUGGAGCACCUGGCAGCCACUCAAGAUGCGGGAAUCAGUGCGUGGGGCUGCUUCACCGUCAAGCGGGGCACACUCCUCACCAUUACUUCCUUCAUUGCCUCCUAUAUAGUCAUCAUCUUGCAAUUUUAGUGAGCUUCGGAUGGUUCACAAGUCCUGCUACAUUUUUGUUGCUCUUUCCUAACUGAAUCACACACGAAUCAUGAAAUAGUUUAUUGGUGUUUGGUGAACUGUUUUCUUUUUGCUUCCUUUUAUUUUUAUUUAUUUAUUUUUUUUUUCACUGUUCAUUCGGUAUGUCAUCUGUGUUACUUUCUGGC